AUGUCCAAUGUAAAUUGUUACUUCCAUUCUGAGAUUCAAACAAUGGUCGAUAUGCAGAAGUUUAAGAAGCAGUACCAGAAGUGGAACCCCAGGACAAAGCUCGAAAACGGAUUAACAGUUGCCAUGUACUCAAAAAGUGCGAACGAUCGAUGGAGUCAUGACACCUGCCAAAUUGACUCGUUGUUUGAGCUUAUGGACAUUAAAAUGGACGAACAGCAUUCUCUACGUGGCAUUUCACCAUGCACACUGGAGACGCCGGUCCUCAAUUACAGCUGCUCGCCGCCGCCUGGUCGGGGUAGAUUGGUAGAACCGUCUUCUUUCCAGCCGGAUGACAACGACAAGGGUAACAAGAAAUUUAAGAAACUAUGGCAUAUUUUUAGGAAGUCCACCAAAGAAUACUAUCAGCCCCAAGAGCAAUCGGACGCUUCCAGCGUCGUGGAGCCCCAGGUCAUUACGGCCUACAACGGAGCAUCAGAAACACAGCUGCAGCUGCAAACUACCGGUAGACUGUCCGUGCACUAUUCGCAGCAUAAGACGCAUAGAAAUCAUCGCACCUCGCACUAUCGAAACAUAUUAAAGGGUGACAUAUCCACAACUACUUGCUGA